CUGAUGCCAUUGCAAUUUUUCUUUGAAGCAAUGGAUUCCUUCGCGCUGGAUUAGCAGCACUCCGAUACGGAAACCCUAGAAAUCCUGGUGUUGUUUCUAGCUCAGAGUUUCAAUUCAUCCCAUUACUGGGUCUUGUCUUUAGAUCCGGUGGCCUUAUUUUCUAAUCGGUCUAGAGAAGCCCUAGGUUUUGACAUCUCUUACUCAUUUCGGGAGAUGAGCUCUUCGAUGGAUGCUGCGUCAUCUUCUUCGGCCGAUGAUGUCGAUGCCUCAAUCAUAGAGCUUCGUCUAAAAUACCAAAUGGAAGCUCAGAAUUUGACGCUGACUACACAGCCAUUUAAGACACUACUGUUUUUUUCUUUUGCCCUUGUCGCAUAUCUAAAGCAAUUGCUUCUAUACCUCUUCCGGAAAGGUGGCUUGGUUGUAUUGUUCAGUGUAUUUCUAGGGGCUUUUGGAUUUCUUAUUGCUGUUGAUGGCUCACAUGAGCAUGUUCAGGAAUUCCUUAAUUAUUUCAGCUAUGCAUUGUGGUGGGUUGCACUUGGGGUGGCUUCAUCGAUUGGACUUGGGUCUGGCUUGCACACAUUUGUUCUGUAUUUGGGACCUCAUAUCGCUUUUUUCACCAUAAAAGCCAUGAAAUGUGGACGAGUUGAUUUUAAAUCCGCUCCAUAUGAUACCAUACAAUUCAAUAAAAAGCCUUCAUGGCUUGAAAAUGAUUGCUCAAUCUAUGGUCCUCCCAUGUUUUCGUCAUUACAUGGUUCAUUGGUUCGGGUUCCAAUCAGCAGCAUACUCCCUCAAGUUCAGCUAGAGGCCGUUCUUUGGGGCUUUGGAACAGCCCUUGGGGAGCUUCCUCCGUAUUUUAUCUCAAGAGCAGCACGGUUAUCAGGAAACAGUGUGGAUGGGAUGGAGGAUUUGACUGCUGUUUCAACAAAAGAAGAUGGAAUUUUAUCUUCACUUCUGAAGAAAACAAAACGAUGGCUUUAUAAUCACUCCCAGCACAUGAACUUUUUCACAAUUUUGGCCCUUGCUUCAGUUCCAAAUCCAUUAUUUGAUCUUGCUGGAAUAAUGUGUGGGCAAUUUGGGGUUACAUUCUGGAAGUUUUUUCUGGCGACAUUGUUAGGGAAGGCAAUUUUCAAAACCCACAUACAGACUUUCUUCAUCAUCUCCCUUUGUAAUAAUCAACUGCUCGAAUGGGUGGAGAAUGAGUUGAUUUGGGUGUUCAGUCGAGUUCCUAUUUUAUCUUCUAUUCUGCCCGCCAUUGUCACGAAAUUGAACCUGAUUCAGGCAAAAUAUUUGUCAGCUCCAGUUCCUUCUACAGCUCCCUCAGAAGGAAAGGGAAGACAUUGGAACCUAUCAUUCACAACUGUCUGGAAUGCUGUCAUAUGGCUAAUGUUGAUGAACUUCUUUGUAAAAAUAGUCACAGAUACUGCACAGACAUAUCUCAAACAACAACAAGAACUGCAGUUGAACAAGCUAUCUGCAUCAAACGCUUCGAUUCAUAAUUUCGACGACGGCGAAUCUAAAAGUAAGAACACAUGAUUAUUUCGACGGCGAAGCUAACAAGGUCGGACGAACUCUCUCUUCUCGAAAUCCUCUUUAUUCUGCUGCUAAAAUGUGUAGAAAAUGAGGAUUGUGGCAUUGUGGGAGCGAGCAGGAUUAUUUGUUACAUCUGCUCGAGAUGCGAAAGGCGUCCAAUUUAUGGCUGAUUUUAUUAACCUUAUUCUUCAGGCUGUUCUGAUCUUUCAUUGUUUCGAUUGUGUAAGCAGAAAAUGAUAUCUUUUUUACUUUGUGGAUCAUUGCAUUAGAAAAGCUCUGCUUGCUAAACUAUGUUGUGACUAAUUUCAUAAUUGAUGAACAUUGGAAGGAAGACAAAAAAAAGUUAUUGAA